AUGGGCAUCCCGGAGCAGCUUCGGGCUGUACAGGACAAGGUUCAGGCGGCCGCUGCGACACGUGCAGCCGCUCACAAAAUUGCAGAGGCUCCCGUGAGGCUCGUUGCGGUGAGCAAGACGAAGCCUGUGGAGGACCUGAAGGAGGCCUACGAUGCAGGGCACAGACAUUUCGGGGAGAACUACGUGCAGGAGCUCGUGGACAAGAGCCCGCAACUCCCUGCAGAUGUCCAGUGGCACUUCAUUGGACAUCUUCAAGGCAAUAAGGUGGGCAUGUUGGUCAAAGGCUGCCCAGGCCUCGUUUGCCUGGAGACGAUCGACAGUGAGAAGCUGGCGCGCGCAGUGGACAAGGCCUGGAAGGCGCAAUAUCCUGACCGACGGCUGAGAGUAAUGGUGCAGGUGAACUCCAGCGGAGAAGAGUCGAAGAAUGGUUUGGAGCCCAGCGAAGUCGCAGAACUCUGCAAGGUUAUCGCCAAGGAGUGUGAAGGCCUUGAGCUGGCCGGGCUGAUGACCAUCGGUGCCCCAGACUACAGCGGCUGCCGCACAGAGGACUUCGCGACGUUGAUGAAGUGCCGUGAAGAGGCGGCAGCAUCCAUCGGCUGUGGUGUAGAUACUUUGGAACUCAGCAUGGGCAUGAGCGCCGACUACGAAAACGCCAUUCUGGAGGGCAGCACCUCCGUGCGGGUGGGUUCGUCUAUCUUCGGAGCGCGCCAGUAUCCUCCCAAGUGA